AGAGAAAGAGAGAGACAAGGGAGGACGAGGAGGAGGAGGGGAGGAAGGAGGUGGGGAAAGACCUGCUCUGAUUGCCAGGCUCGGCAGCAGCCUUGGCUGCAGAAGCCGCUCGCCCAACUUGACGGACCCCCGUCUCACAUCCCAAGCCCAGAGGCUGCUGAGCUGAGCCCCUCUUGUCUCCAGGCAGCGCAGCUGCAAGCAGCCCACACCGGCCCCGUGGGGAGGCUCAGUGGGCCCCGAAUGUCUGUGGGAUGCCCUAAGCAUCGCUUUGCUAGCUCAGAGCCUGGGUGCAGUCCUAAGUGCUUCCUCCACCGCUGCCAGUAGACUUUGUUGGGUGACCCUUUCCCCGGCCGGGACGGCCACCACGCUGUGAUGGGCAGAGGAUGCUGUGGCGGUGCAGCCGGCGGGCUGUCCCCGCACUGAGGCCUGCUGGCAUGGCACGCUGCAGGCUCUGAGAUGGGCCCGGGGGCAGGCCGCCGGCCCGCCAUGCUGCUGGGCCCGUGGCUGGUGGCGGUGGUGGCGGUGGUGGCGGUGGUGGCGGCGGGUGCCGGGGCGGGCUGCCCGGUGUUGUGCACGUGCCGCGGGCAGGCGGUGGACUGCAGCGGGCAGCGGCUCUUCUCGGUGCCCGCCGAGCUGCCCUUAGACACCGGCAACCUCAGCCUGGCCCACAACCGCAUCGCCAGCAUCCCGCUGGGCUACCUGGCCUGCUACGCCCAGCUGCGCGUCCUCGACCUGCGCAACAACUCGCUGGCCGCCCUGCCCGCCAGGCUGUUCCUGGGCGCCCGCCGCCUCACCCACCUGGACCUCAGCUACAACAACUUCAGCCUGGUGACGGCCGACAUGUUCCUGGAGGCCAGCGAGCUGCUGCGCCUCGACCUCAGCCACAACCCCUGGCUGUGCACGGUGCACCCCAGGGCCUUCCGCGGGCUGGCGCAGCUGCGGGAGCUGGACCUCAGCUACGGGGGGCUGUCGGCCCUCAGCCUGGACGCGUUGGAGGGGCUGACGGGGUUGGUGACCCUCCGGAUCGGCGGCAACCCCUGGGUGUGCGGCUGCGCAAUGGAGCCCUUCCUCAAGUGGCUGAGGAGCCGCAUCCAGCUCUGCACGUCAGAUUCGCAGCUGGCCAAGUGCCAGGCUCCCCCCGAGGUGAAGGAGGUGCCCCUCUUCUCGCUGACGGAGGAGAGCUUCAAGGCGUGCCACCUCACCCUGACGCUGGACGACUAUCUCUUCAUCGCCUUCGUGGGUUUCGUGGUCUCCAUCGCGUCGGUGGCCACCAACUUCCUGCUGGGCAUCACGGCCAACUGCUGUCACCGCUGGAGCAAAGCCAGCGAGGACGAGGAGGUUUAGCCCUGGUGGAGCAAGAGCCUGGCAGCCUCCAGUUCCCCAAACCCAGCCUGUUCUCUGCAGCUAAGGGCCAAGCCCAGGACAUGGCGCUCAUAGGGGACAGCCGCAGGUGCUGGUGACACUUGCCACAACUCGGACGUGCAGACGGCACCAGGGCCACAUGCCUGCUGUUGGGACAAGCGCUUGAAGCCCCGUGAGCAUCUCCUGGGCAGCUUUCACCAGCCACUUCCUGCUCCUUCCCCUUCUCCUCCCAAGUUUUGUACAGGUUUUGGGCCAUACCUGGUGCCCAGCCUGGUCAGACAGCUUGGGGAACCAUCGUUAGGAGGCAAAAGGAACUCCAAAGAAAUGAAAAAAAGAAGACAAACCCACAAAGCCACCGGCCUCUCUGUCCAAGCAGGGUGACCGCUGCUCUCAUGUGUGUUUCACGCUGUCUUCAUGGCCAUCCCUGCAGCACAUAGGGCUGAGGACUGACACUUCCACUCCAGCUGUAAAACCCCCGUGGUCACGUAGCACUUUGCUGCCAAGAAACGUUUGCUCCCAUCUUUGCCCUCCGGGGGACUCCGCUUGGGACAGCCUUCCCCCCCCCACCCCCCUUGCACCCUCCCUGGAGCCAUCCUCCUGCCAGAUGCAUCCCAAAGAGGGGCCUUCCGUGAGCCAUUCAGUUAUCUCACUGUGUUUCCCAUGUGUGUAGCUGGAGUGUAGAUGUGCCACUUAUAAACAAAGCGACCAAAACAAAACCAAAACAAAACCACAAGAAAAAUGGGGGAAAAUAAAGCAGCUUCUGGCCUGGUGACCCCACUCCCAUGCUGAACCGGGAGCCCUGGCUGUAGCAUGGAGAGAAGGCUGGGUGCACAUCGCAGCAGUCCCUGUGCCAUGGAUCCAUGGCCACAGGGAGGGUAUGUUUCAGCUCCAGGCUGCACCCCACAAACCCCACGCCCGUAGGAGAGCAGAGCCCACCCGUGUUGUUUCCUGGGAUAGGGGCACUUGGGAUGCCUUUUUUCUUUAUUUUCUUUCUUUUUUUUUUGCUAAGUCUUCUUUCCCCCCGCCAAAGCAGCCUCCUGAGACCAUGGACAAAACGUGCAUUUCCUCCGGCAGUUCCUGACCCUACUGUUGGGCGACAGAGGAGAAAGUGUAAAUGCUAAGCUCCCAAUAUCCAUGAAUUCAACCAGACCCAUUUUCUGCCUUUCUGAAGCAAAAGGGCCUACCCUCGCACUUCACCUUCCUGCUCGGGGUGGGCAGGGGACCGAGGAUGUCGAGUAUCUGCCACUUCUGUCCCACAGCAGCCGGUGCAGGUGCCCGGCCCGGGGUGCUGGGUCCCCACACCACUGCCUCUGUGUCAUGGCCGCGUCCUGUCCUGCAGCUUGAGGAGUGCAGGGCCUGUGGGCAGCCGCCGGCCUCCUCCUGUCCUCUUCUUCCCUCAUCCCUUCCCAUUCCCUCUUCCCUUCUCUUCCCUUCUCUCUUUUCCUCUCCUCUUUCUAUCCCGUUCUCUUUCCCCCUUUCCCCUCUCCUCCCCCUUUCCCCACGCUAUGCCGAGCACUGCCAGACGGGGAAGGAGAAGGGGGAAACGCCGAGUUUGAGCCACCCCCAGACUUUGUACAGAGCACAUUUUAUAAACGUGUACUUUUGUAACAGUGAGCACUUUUUCAGAGCUGAACCUCAACAAUAAAGAGCACCAGUGCAGCCUGAGUCAGG